CUAUGACUGACUUGCCUCUGAGGGACACUGAGGCAGCAGCAGGAAGUAAAACCCUGCUGUUCGGCACAGCUUUGGUUUCUCAUAAACUUGAUAAGAUUCUGUCAGUUUCUACAUUUUAAAAAUGGACAGUCAAGGCAGGAAAGUGGUGGUUUGUGAUAACGGAACUGGGUUUGUGAAGUGUGGCUAUGCAGGUUCCAACUUUCCGGAGCACAUUUUCCCUGCGCUGGUCGGCAGGCCUAUCAUUCGCUCUACAGCUAAAGUCGGGAACAUUGAGAUUAAGGACUUGAUGGUGGGUGAUGAGGCGAGUGAGCUGCGCUCCAUGCUGGAGGUGAACUACCCGAUGGAGAAUGGCAUUGUGAGGAACUGGGAUGACAUGAAACACCUGUGGGACUACACUUUUGGUCCAGAGAAACUUAACAUUGACUCACGGAACUGCAAGAUUCUCCUCACCGAGCCUCCCAUGAAUCCCACCAAAAACCGUGAGAAGAUCAUUGAGGUUAUGUUUGAGACAUAUCAGUUCUCAGGGGUUUAUAUUGCUAUUCAGGCCGUGCUCACAUUGUAUGCUCAAGGUCUAUUAACGGGAGUCGUGGUGGAUUCAGGUGACGGAGUCACCCACAUUUGCCCAGUAUAUGAAGGGUUCUCUCUUCCUCAUUUAACCCGCAGGCUGGACAUAGCAGGGAGAGACAUCACUCGAUAUCUUAUAAAGCUACUGCUGCUGCGAGGCUAUGCUUUCAACCACUCUGCAGAUUUUGAGACUGUGCGCAUGAUGAAGGAGAAACUCUGUUAUGUAGGAUACAAUAUCGAGCAGGAGCAGAAGCUUGCUUUGGAGACUACUGUGCUGGUGGAAUCCUACACGCUCCCUGAUGGCAGAGUGAUAAAGGUGGGAGGGGAGAGGUUUGAGGCACCCGAGGCCCUUUUCCAGCCUCACCUGAUUAACGUGGAGGGAGUUGGAGUGGCUGAGCUGCUCUUCAACACCAUUCAGGCAGCGGACAUUGAUACCAGGGCUGAGUUCUACAAACACAUUGUUCUCUCAGGAGGUUCUACCAUGUAUCCAGGCCUGCCCUCUCGACUGGAGAGGGAGCUCAAGCAGCUCUAUCUAGAGCGAGUGCUUAAAGGGGAUGUAGACAAGCUCUCUAAAUUCAAGAUACGGAUUGAGGAUCCUCCACGGCGCAAACACAUGGUGUUCUUGGGUGGAGCCGUGCUGGCCGACAUCAUGAAGGACAAGGACAACUUCUGGCUAACAAGGGAGGAGUAUCAGGAGAAGGGCGUGCGUGUGCUUGAGAAGCUCGGCGUCACAGUCAGAUAAACUGUUAGUGUCUGCUAAACCCUCUUCGUCCUCUCCACUCUCCCGUCUACAGGAUAUCCAGAGCGUCUGUCUAGCUGUGUGUCACUCGUACUCUCACCUCCUGCAUUUUGCUACUCGUACCACUGAGUCACAUGAUCACUUUUGGGAAGGACAUACCGGGAGUUGUAUUAGAGCAACUGGGGAGGGAGGUGAGGAGUUUGGUAUCUAUAUUUAUGGGCUCUCUGUUAUUAUCCUUGCACCAGAUCAAGUUGUCUCAAGUUGCCAUUUCAACUUAUGUCAGUGUCCCACAAACAAAGCUAGCCUUCUGCUUUUCUUACACCAAAGUAGACCGUCUCUAUAAAGUGAGCCUCAUUACCACUUUAAUGCAUUGUGAUACAAACUGAUAAAAGUGGAAAAGGCUUCUUGCGAUAACUCACACAGCACUGUCGUGGCUGCCCAUUAAAGUGAGAUUGAAGUGUUUUACCCUCUAUAGAAUUUUUGUUAGGGCAAAGGUGGUUCUUUGUUUUGUCUUCUGUGUACAUUAACAUUGAUCUUUGUGUGAGGGGACCCGCUAAGCACUUCUCAGUCUUUCCCCAUCAUCCACUCUCCUUGUCCAGGUGUCAAGUGCUUGUCAUUAAUGAGUUCUUAUGCUCAGGGUUUUUGGUGUGUUGGGCUAAAAUUAGUUUUGUAUUUUUCUAUUUUUCAGCUUCAAUUGCAUUCUAUUCCACUUUUCUUUUGCUUUAGCGUUUCCCGAAAGAUCCCUUUAAAAUGGGCAUUAGCCAGUCUCUUUCAUCUUCAAGCUGUUUCCAGAUGAUGGUCCUAUGAGGAAAUUGCUAAGCCUUUUUUUUUGCACCUUUUUACAUUAAAUUUGUUUUUUGCAGUGCGGUAUUCAGAUUGUCUGGCAUAGAAUGCGAGAGGGUGUAGUCUUGUAAGAUGAGACAAAAAGAUCACAUGUUAAAGGGAGUGUCUGAAGAGGAAAUCUACACCUGAUGCUUGUGAAAUGAAUAGAUAUGAUGGACAGUUAUGAAAAGAUUUCUUUUCUUGUUUGAGUGUCCUGGCCUCAUGUAUACACGGGGCACCUCAUACUGUCUGUAUGUACAUUUCCAUAAAUGUUAAUCUGGUGCCAAGGGCAGUUGAUGUGGCUGGAUCUCCUGUUGCUUUUUUUUUUGUUGAUCAUAGCAUAACUGCCUGAUGCUGAUUUAAAUAAAAAAACAUGAUUUCUAAAUAA